UCACCCCGGGACACUAAAGACGCCCAUAGCAACAACAUACACUCGGCUACGUCGAAUAAGACACUCGUACAAGCAGAGAGGACGGAUUAAACACUCGCUUCUUUGUCGCGGUGACUACAGGUGUUCAACGGAAAAGGAGAUACAUUGCUCGUCUGCGCCGUUCCGUUAGAAUGGGGCGAGUGAACCGCUUGCUAGCUUGCUUUGGAUAGCGGAUAGCCGUCCAGAAGACGAGCGACGCCGUCCCAAAAGGGGGGACAAGAGAGGUCGCAGCGAGUUUGUCGUGUCGUAUCGUCAACUACAAAGUCAGCUAGACGGGAAUAUAAACACGGGAAUGGUGCUCUGGGUCGAUUCGCUUUGCAAACAGAAAAAGGCGAGGGGCAAAGGGGCCACAUUUGAACGCUGUGAUAUUCGGACUUUAACUGUUUGUAAGAGAGGGAGCGGCUCCACUGUGGACGAUUGUUUUGUGGCUAGCUGGCUAGCUUGCUGAGGGGAAAGCGACCACCCACUCCCGAAGCUCUGCUAAUGUUAGCAGCCUACAAAAAAACACUUUUAAACAAAACCGGAGUGCUGACUUUAUAACUAAACUUUUUUUUUUAUUUUUUAAAAAAACGUUAGUUACACCUACAACACAACUCGGGGCUAUUUUGGACGGCGUCAACGCUCUUUAAAGUGCUGUUAGCUCAGCCGGCCAUGUAAUUUCUUUCUACUGUUUUUUUUUUGGGACCUUACUUUCGGAUGCUGGCAUCAAAAACUAUUUACAACCAUGAUGAUCAUAAGCAGAAAACCAGAGGGCCCAAUAGCAACAGUGCGUCACGGCGAUGGCCUUUAUGACUCGUACAUGAGGACGGACCACAUCCUCAAAGAGGACGCCGAUACAAACAGUCCGUCUGGCCUGCCCCCCAUGCCCAAGCACACGGCUGUUGGUAACAAGGCCGUGAUGAGGGAUCAGAUAACGGUGCGAGGUGGCCAGCUGAAGGUCAAGUAUCUUUACGAAGACUCCACUAACAACCGCAAGAUCAGUGCCAUUACCACAGCAACGCCUCAGAACACCGGGACCGGCGCUCAGACGCCCAGCAAGCCAGCACCAGCGUCCGGCGUGUCUAAGGAUCACAGCGUAGACAGCUCUGAAUCCAGUAAGGGCUCCAACGAAAACUCCAGCGCUCACGCCGUUGUCAACGGUAACAGCAGCAAAGCGUGCGGCCCGCUCACGCCGGAGCAGGCCGAGCGACUGUACCGGACUCAACUCACCGCCCUGGAGCAGACCGAGAUCCACUCCUACACGGAUAUCUACUUUGUGGGACCCAACGCUAAAAAGAGGCCGGCUGUCGCCGGGGGCAACAACAACUGCGGCUACGACGACGAGCAAGGUGGCUACAUCAACGUCGCCCAUGACCAUCUGGCGUACCGCUACGAGUUUCUCAAGAUCAUCGGUAAAGGAAGCUUCGGUCAGGUCGCCAAAGUCUACGACCACAAACUGCAACAGCACCUGGCUCUGAAGAUGGUCCGCAACGAGAAGCGUUUCCACCGGCAGGCGCAGGAGGAGAUCCGCAUCCUGGAGCACCUGCGCAAGCAAGACCGCAACGGCACCAUGAACGUGGUGCACAUGCUGGAGCACUUCACCUUCCGCAACCACAUCUGCAUGACCUUUGAGCUGCUCAGCAUGAACCUCUACGAGCUCAUCAAGCGGAACAAGUUCCAGGGCUUCAGCUUGCCGCUGGUCCGCAAGUUUGCACACUCCAUCCUGCAGUGCCUGGAGGCCCUGAGCCGGCUCCGCAUCAUCCACUGUGACCUCAAGCCGGAGAACAUUCUUCUCAAACAGCAGGGACGCAGCGGAAUCAAGGUGAUCGACUUUGGCUCCAGCUGCUUUGAGCACCAACGCGUGUACACCUACAUCCAGUCUCGCUUUUAUCGAGCGCCCGAGGUGAUCUUCGGCGCACGCUACGGCCUUCCGAUCGACAUGUGGAGCUUUGGCUGCAUCCUGGCCGAGUUGCUGACGGGCUACCCUCUUUUCCCCGGCGAGGACGAGGGCGACCAACUAGCCUGCGUCAUGGAGCUGCUGGGCAUGCCUCCUCAGAAGGUUCUGGAACAGGCCAAGAGGGUAAAGACCUUCAUUAACUCCAAGGGCCACCCUCGCUACUGCGGAGCCAACACCCUGCCCACCGGCGCCACCGUGCUGACGCCGUCGCGCUCGCGGCGCGGUAAACUCAGAGGCCCCCCGGCCAGCAAAGAGUGGAGCGCCGCGCUGAAAGGCUGCGAGGACCCCACCUUUAUUGACUUCAUUAAGAAGUGUUUGGACUGGGACCCCUCGUCCCGACUCACCCCCAGCCAGGCACUCAGGCACCCGUGGCUGUACCGCAGGCUGCCCAAACCGCUGCCCGGAACCGAGAGGAGCCAAGCGGCCCCGGUGAAGCGGCUCCCCGAGCACCACAGUACCUCCUUCCCCUCCAUUCUCGCCAAGGGGGGCGGCGGCCUGGUCACCGCGACCGCCAACAACAAACUGAGGGGCAACCUGUUGGGGGAUUCAGGGGAGGCCAUACUCAUGCGUACGGUCCUACCCAAACUUGUCUCUUAGAGAGAGCCUCCUCCUUGCUUCCUCUUCCGCCUCCUCUGCGCUCCUCAGGAGGAGUCCAAGUGCAGGAGAACGUGGAGUCUAGCUUUUAAAAUCUUUGUAUUUGUUUUUUUACUGAGCGGCAUCGACGCCCCGGUCGUUGCUUUUUAAGAAUAGCCGAUCACAGAAAAAGAGAUCAUAUGAGAAUUCAUACCCACUUUUUAUACAAAGGAUUUCCUUGAGUGGCUGUGGACUUUCUAUACACGAUCGUUGAUUUAGGUCACGCUUUGUACAAAACGUGUGAGUGGACAACUAGCGUUUUUUUUUUUUUUGUGUGUUUUUCUCGUUUUUAGUCGGCGCACACUUGAACACCUCACUCUUGAGGAGUUAAACUUGAAAAGGGCUAACGCAACUCCCUAAUUAGCUCGGCGCUAGCGGGCGACAUUGUAUCGAGCCGACAACGGCCAUAGAAUAAAACAAGCACACUGACAACAACGUUGACACACUUUUGACGACAGCAUCGUGUACUUUUUUUUUUCUUUUUUUUUGCAGCCCGCAGCUAAUUGACCUCUUUUAGCCUCCCCCCGGUUCCUCGUCACCCGGCGCUCGCAUGUCAGCUCAAUAUGUGGCAUCGGCGUGUGUGCGUGGCGGCGCUACCCGUAGCAGACAUGAAGAGGGGAUCUAUUUUCAGACCCGCUACUCGGGAGUGACAGAGGUUGAGGAGCAAGACAGGAGGUGUCAUGGCUGACUUAACUUUCCUGUUUCUUUUUCAAUCGAUUGUCAUGUUUACGGACCAGAAGGAUGCUAGGAUGCUAUCAUGCUAGUGAAAUGUGGCCUCAUUUUCCCCAACAUGGAGACAAAAAGUAGCUAACGCAGACACGGAUGCUUGCUAAAUAUGAGCCGUUUUUUUCUCAAGGAGAGGCAAAAAUAUCUCUGGUACUGAUUGAUUGAAGACACGUUUCUCAGGGAAACACUCGAUACAUCUCUUAAUCCUACAUAGGCUUGCUUUUUUUUUUUUUUUUGUGUAUACUUUCAGUGUUGGAGGGGGGGUCCAGUCCGGUCUGCAUGCUCCACAAUCUGACCUAGAUUCCCUCUCCCUCCCACCUCCUUGUUCUCUCACUGUGUCAUGUAGGCCAGGGAACCUCGUAAACCCAUUAAAUAUAUAUAUAGAGAGAAAGAGUAGAUUUAUGGUGCUGUCCAGUCACUGCACACACACACACACACACACACACACACACACACACACACACACACACACACAAGUUGUCAGGUGCACGUUGUAUGGACCACACCGCUCCAAGACUGUCAUCCCUCGUUUUCAAAGUAUAACCAUCAGGGAUUUCUACUCCAUUUAUGAUUGUUGUUUUUUUUUAAUAGAAGUGGUUUCGAUCGCAAGUCACUACUCCCCAGUCGUCAAAAAAAAAAAAGGACGCCCGAUGCAAAUAUGGAAUAAUAAUAAUAAAAAAAAGAUGUAUGCUGUCAUGUUGUACUCGUGGUGUGCGGUAUAGUAGCGGGAUGUUUUGGUGUUCCGGGCAUGAGAUCACAAUCUUGUUGUUGAGGAGGCUACUUGAGUGACAACUAGAAGAGAAAGAGAGAAACAAAAUGUAAAAGUAAUCCAAUGAAGUUGUGAUAGUUUUUUUUUUUUUUUUCUAAGGAAAAUAACAAAUAAAAUUGUUAUUAACUGAAAUGUGCUCAGCUGGAGUCAUUUCGUCAUGCGUGGCUUGGGAUUUGGAAUAUCUCGUAUUGCGUGUGGAGAAGAUGCCAAAACACUAGGAUAGAUGGAGGAAGUUGUUACAUGAAAUGUGUUGAUAGUGUGUUGCAUUCAAGGAAAAUGGUACUCGCCAUAUUGGGAACAGGCUAUCCCAGGUAGUGAGAGGGUUAUAGUCAUUACUAUACACCACAAUAUUAGUACAUGCAAUUAUACUGCUUGUGUAUGAUAUGCUCCUAAACCACCAAUACAAGGGAUGUAGUUGUCUACCUAAAGCAGGGGUGCUCAUUAAGUCGAUCGCGAGCUACCGGUCGAUCGGGGAGGUGGUACUGGUCGAUCGCGGCGUGACAUUAAAAAAAUAUCAUCCCAGCAUCAAUGCCGUCACUUGAUUGACAUACAGGGCAGCCAUUCAGAUGACAACUGAAUGUUGCCCUUCGGGCGACCAAUCAAAUCAAACAACGUCUCUAAGUGCAGCAGAACUUACCAUGUCAGCCUAUCAUCCAUCCCCGUUACUUGAUUGACAUACAGGACAACCAGUCAGAUGACAACUGAAUUUUGACCUUUAGGUCACCGCUCAUGCGUAAACAGCGAUGCAAAGUGCUAAGCUAGUCGGCGAAUUGCGUUAGAUUUUAAGCCCUCACUAAAGUUUAUGGUCACUAAAAUGAGUGAAGGAGCUGGACCAAGUAAAAAGGCAAAAACUGGACCAAGUAAAAAGGCAAAAAACAUAUCACUUCCAUACGGAUAUGGAAUAUUAUACGGAUAUUAUGAUACGGAUAUUAUCCAUGACUGAUAAACAUUUGGAAGUGUGCUUGAGGCUGGCUAUCAGCAGCUACUGUCCGGACUAUGCAUCCCUGGCUGGUUCAAUUCAGUGCAA